UAACCAAGCUUGUAACUGCCUUGACCAACUCAUCCAAGAGCCCAAUGGCACUGGAGGAUGAAGCGAGAGCUGCUCAAGCUAUCGAUGCAGCUCUGAAAAGAUCAUUCUAUGAGAAUCAUACCGGUUCAAGUGUUAGAGAAAUCAAUCAAAUCACGCUCGUCAUUCUUGCAGCACACGCCCUGUUCUCCGGCUUGAAGACUGCAGGAUUCUUGGGAACUGCAGCUGAUGAGAUGACUUGGGGAUUUGUCUGCUAUAUACUGAAUAUUGUGCUUGCUGUCACGCUCUACAACGGUCGUGGACACUUCCAGCUCCUCCUGAUGUACGGCGGUGGAGCGAUGCUUGUUACUCUAUGGGCAGGACUCAAUGGCUCAUCAGCACGACGUGGCAGUCAAGACAAGUCUGCCAAGAAGAGACUAGGUUUUCUAAGCGCCUAUCGGGCAAUGAUGAUGCUGCUCACGGUGGUAGCCAUCUUCGCCGUGGACACUGCACAAUUCCCUCGUCGAUACGCAAAAGUCGAGACAUGGGGCACAUCGCUCAUGGAUCUUGGCGUUGGCUCAUUUGUAUUUUCUUCAGGCCUCGUCUCUGCACGUCUGCCACAGUCGUAUACCUUCUUGCAAGGUUUCCAACAGACUGGUAUCUUGGGAUUGAUGGGCAUCGUUCGAGCACUGUUGGUCAAAGGUAGUGGAUAUCACGAGCACACCUCCGAGUACGGUGUGCAUUGGAACUUCUUCCUCACACUUGCACUGCUCCCGCCUUUGCUGCCUCUCUCUCGUUUGGUCUGGCGGCGCAUCCCAUCGUUUUUGGUUCAAGGCAUUCUUGUGGCAAUCCUCUAUGAAAUGGCAUUACAAUUGACAGGAUUGCAAAAUUGGGUCCUGCUGGCACAAAGAGACACACUCAUCUCGGCCAACAAAGAAGGUCUAGCCUCUUUUGGAGGCUACAUUGCAAUCUUCCUUAUGGGUCUCGAUGCAGGCGCCCUCGUCCUCAAACCGACAGGCCAGAAUCGAAAGGCCAGCACAAUUUUGCUUCUUACAGCCUUGCUUUUCUGGUUUGCAUACAGCUUCAUGACCACGUUACCCAUCCCAAAGAGUCUCAGGCGCCAAGGAAAGUUUCAGAUUGGCGCGACUGGGCCGUGGCAGGCGAGCAGACGGCUUGCGAAUGCCCCGUAUAUCUUUUGGGUCGCAGCCCACAACUAUGGCUUCCUACUGGCAUUGAUGCUGAUUGAGCAAGGCUUCACUUGGGUAGGAACCAAGUUCAGCAAGCCGGACAGUGCAAAAGAGCGUCGAAAGCAAUUGGUACAGAAGAAGACUGGCAAGGUCGUGGCAGGUGAGAACGGUAAACCAAGCAAAGCGACAACCAUCAAUGAGUCCUUGCUCUUGAAUCUUGUCAAUAAGCAUUCGCUCAAGGUCUUCCUCUUUGCAAAUUUGCUUACGGGAGUUCUUAACCUCAGUCUAGGCACAAAGCUGAUGAAGUUGAGUGACAUGCAGGGUGUGGGUAUUAUCCUUGCAUAUAGCCUCGUCACAUGUGCAGCGGCGUUCAUUCUCGACAGGGUCAACUUGCCUUUUUGACGUAUCAUUAGAUGCAGUUCCCUCACAUGGAUGUCACUUUUGCGCUUGCACGACAAGUCGAAUGGUCCACUCUUGCUUCACCUCGACUCGCGGCUAGAUGGAGCUCCUGGCCAAUUCUGAUUAUCAGACU